ACGGCCCAAACCAAACAGGCGCAAUCUGAUGGAAGGCGGGAGAGCCGAUGAUGGCCGGAGCAGUUCCACGGUUGUAAGUUAAGCCGCAGGCAGAAUUGAGACUUUCAAACUAAACGAAGAAAUCUCAGCUUUGGCAUGCUCUCCCAUGGCCGCGGCAGCAACAGCGUCACUUCCGUCGUCGGUAAGGUCAUGGAGGACAUCCUUUUUGACUCUCAGAGAUGAAACUCUAAACUCACCUCAUCCAGUUGCCAUCAUUCGCUUCCUUGAUCAACUCAUUUUUUCCCAAUCCGAAACAAUGAUUUCGGCCGUCACCGAUCUGCCUCGUCACGAGGUGACGUCCGACGUAAUGUUCUUACUUGAAUUGGCUGGGAUUGCGGCUGAUUCCAAGCGUGAUGAUGAUACGAUCCAUAUGUUUGUUCAGUUAUUAGACUUGGUUCAAGAUGUUAGCCGCACAAUGUCCCUUGACUUGAGUUCAUCAAAUUGGGCACUCAUGCUCAACUGCUUCCGAAAGAUGGUGGACAUUAUCUUUGCCAAAGCUGGUAGGACGGAGCUUUUAUUGGGAAGUGGUGUUGUAGUUAGAGCUUUAAACCAAUGUUUAGAAGUUCUAAGAUAUUUCACCAGUGCUUAUCAGAGAAAAUGGCUGCAAACAGAAAACACAGAGCUGUUGCGUUUCUUUCUAGAUAUUGUUGAAUGUUCUCAUGCUGAGUUAUCUUUCUUAGCUUCCUCAACUGGCCAUCAAAGAUGUGUUGAAAAUGGCAGAAAGCAACCUAGAUGUAGCAGUUUAUGGGAUGUGCAGGCAACUUCGUUCACUCUUAUUGGUGAAGUGUUCUCAAGAAUGGGGUCUUCUCUCCCAGAACAUGCAUGGAAAUCUACUAUUCUGGUUCUCAAAAAAGUAAUGGAUACGCUGGCAUCUAGAAAUAACCUUGUGGAAGAUAAUGAGAUGGCCAGGUUUUACAUUUCACUUCUGCAAUGCCUUCAUUUGGUUCUUAUAGACCCCAAAGGACCUCUUAUUGACCAUGUGUCUGGUUUUGUUGCAUUGUUGCGGAUGUUCUUUAUAUAUGGCCUUUCUCGUGGAUUCCAACUUAAAGGCCCAGUGGCUAGUGGAAAUGAAGAGGAUUAUUCUAGAAGCUCUGGAAAGAAGGCUGAAGAAUCUGGUAAACUUAAAACUGGUGUAUAUAGGCCUCCCCAUUUGCGCAAAAAGGAUGUACUUAAAUCUCAACAGCAACAACAUCAGGGAGUGUCUUGCUCUCCCAAUUUAGGAUGUCCUAGAGUUGAUUAUACCUCAUCAGAGUCAGAUUACAGUGAUAGCGAUGGAUCAACUAAAUGUGGGGACAGUAAUCGUUUCGCCAAGGCAAGAGUUGCUUCCAUAAUUUGCAUUCAGGAUCUUUGUCGAGCUGAUCCAAAAUCUUUCACUGCACAAUGGACAAUGCUAUUGCCCACUGCAGAUGUGCUAAAGUCAAGGAAGUAUGAAGCCAGUAUGAUGACAUGCUUACUCUUUGAUCCGUCUAUGAAGGCAAGGACUGUUGCUGCAUCCGCUCUUGCAACAAUGUUGGAAGCACCCACAUCUUUUUUUCUGCAAGUAGCAGAAUAUAAAGAAUCCACUAAAUGUGGAUCCUUCACACCACUUUCGAGCUCUCUUGGGCAGAUACUUUUGCAGCUGCAUACAGGCAUCCUAUACCUAAUCCAGUGUGAAACUCAUGGUGGACUAUUGACAUCAUUGUUCAAAAUCCUAAUGCUUUUGAUUUCAUCAACACCAUAUUCGAGAAUGCCCGCGGAGCUCUUGUCAACUGUUAUAUCAUGUCUUCAUACUAGAAUUGAUCAGGGAUUUCUGUGUAGAGGUGAUCAGACUACUCUCCUGGGUGCAGCCUUUAAUUGCUUGAGUUUAGCUCUAUCUGCAUCAUCUUCCUCCAUAAAAGUUAGAGAUAUUAUUGUGGAAGAACUUUCAAAAGGUGGUUUUGAGGUUGAAAGAAGUUCUGGCUUGUUAUCUACGCUUUUCCGGUAUUCUCAGCCAUUGAACAACUCAUCUGUUUUCCUUGAGGCUCUCCAGGCCCUCAGAGCUGUACCUCACAACCAUCCUGAUCUAGCUUUAGCUUGUUGGAAUCAAGUUUCAUCAACUGUUUAUGAACACCUGGGGGCUAACAAUUCUGGGCAUGGUUCAGUAGGUGAAAAGACUGUCACUGCAGCAACCAAGGUCUUGGAUGAAACUCUGCGUGCAAUAUCUGGAUUCCAAGGAACAGACGACAUUUUCAAUGAUAAGAUGGCCGAUGGCCCAUUUACAUCAGAUUAUUUGAGAGCAAAAAAAAUUUCAUCUGCUCCAUCAUUUGUAGCAGACAAUGGAGCAGGUUCCAAGGCUGAAAAGGAAGCCUGCCAACUGGGAAUCAAGCAAUGGUCUGAGGCAAUUGAGAAGCAUAUGCCUCUGGUUCUAUGCCAUCCUUCUUCCAUGGUGAGGGCUGCAGCAGUCACUUGCUUUGCGGGGUUGACAGCGUCUGUGUUCUCCUCCCUUCCAAAAGAGAAGCAGGAGUUUAUUGUAGCAUCUUCUAUUAGGUCUGCAUUGAAGGAUGAUGUAUCCUCUGUGAAAUCGUCUGCUUGUCGUGCCAUUGGUGUCAUAACUUGUUUUCCAUCAAUUUUUCAGAGUGCAGAGAUCCUUGGAAAAUUUGCUCACGCUGCUGAGGUUAAUUCGCGUGAUUCAUCGAUGAUGGUACGUGUCACAGCCUCUUGGGCCCUGGCUAAUAUCUGUGAUUCUCUUCGCCAUCAUGUUAUUAAUGCUUCUACCGAUUUGAUAUUGACUUCCCAAAUAAUUGGGUUACUAAAGGAGUGUGCUCUACGUCUAACUAAGGAUGGUGAUAAGAUCAAGGCGAAUGCUGUCAGAGCUCUUGGUAAUCUUGCAAGACUUAUGCGAUUUCCAUGUGAGUUCAUCUGUAACAAUUACGAUGCUGUCAUUCGACUUGAAAGAGAUGAAGUACAAAAUAUCCUUCAGAAACGAGAAGUGCAAAAUUUACCGGAGAACGUUCUUACAGAAGAUUUGUAUUCACUGGGAAGGAUGGUACAAGCAUUCGUUUCUUGUGUUUCAACAGGCAACGUGAAGGUACAGUGGAAUGUUUGCCAUGCACUGAGCAAUUUAUUUCUGAACGACACAUUGAAGCUGCAGGAUAUGGAUUGGGCUCCAUCUGUUUUUAGUAUCCUCCUGUUGCUGCUUCGCGAUUCUCCUAAUUUUAAGAUCAAAAUACAAGCAGCUGCUGCUUUGGCUGUCCCAGUAAAAGUAACUGAUUAUGGGACAUCCUUCUCUGAUGUUCUUCAAGGGGUGCUCCAUAUUGUUGAGAAUCUGAAUUCAGAUCAGAUAACACCAUCAAGUUUCAAAUAUUGGAUUGCACUUGAGAAUCAGGUGACUUCAACAAUGCUCCAUCUACUUGGGCUUGUUUCAGGGACUGAUAGUCCUCAAGUAGCAGGAUUUAUUGCGAAGAAAUCAUCGUUUCUGGAGGAGUGGUUUGGACGGCUAUGCUCUUCAGUUGGAGAGGCAAGUAGUAGUACUGAAGCUGUUGCGGAAAACAUUUCCAAGUUGAACCAGAAGAAAGAGGUGAUAUUGAGAGCAUUACAGUCAGUUAUUAAAAUAUUGGAAACUGGGAAAGACUCGGUUAUUGGCAGAAAAUUUGACAAGUUGGUGAACAAUAUUAUAGUGUAAAAAGCGAUCAAAGUCACUUGAUAUUGGUGAAACAGUAUUUGACAAUUUUCACCGGGUAGUAAAUGUAACUCUUUUUGUGUGUAGAUUCAGGAAGUUAAGUGAUAUGUAUUUAUUGAUUGUUAUUAGCUUGAGAAACAAUAAUAAUAUUUAUAGUUCAAUUUGA